UGUGCUUACGAUGUGUCGUUCCGGGAAAAGGAAGAGUUUGCAACAUAAAAAUGAAGUUUUAGAUUGGAAACAGGAAAAUACACUCAGCCUUAUGUCACUACAGCAGCACCACCGUUACGAGGCUGAUGGCAGAGUGAUAUUCACACAGACUGAGGGAAAUGCACUCAUGACUGGAUCCCACCAAAAUCACUGUCAAACAAUGAUCAGAGAAAUCGUGAUUGUGCGCCAUCCUGUCUCGGUGUGUGUUCCUGUGAACCAUAAUGUGACUCUGCGGGUCUGUGCGGAGGGAACAGGCGUGCUCAGCUACCAGUGGUUCUCUGAGGAUGAAAAGGAGGUGCUUGGCGGUACUCAGGCAGACCUGACCAUUAGAGCUAAAAAAACUCAGCGCUAUGUGUGCCGAGUGAAUGACCACCGGCACAACUAUGUGUUCAGCGAAUGGGUGAAAGUGAAGGUGCUGGACAUUGAUAAAUCAGGCUUGCCAGUGGACUGGCAGGGCGAGCCGCAUAUUGCUAUCAACCCUAAACCUCAAACAGUCCGGCAAGGUGCAAAACUAACUCUUCGCUGCGCUGCCUUUGGUAUCCCUGCCCCACACUACCAGUGGCACAGGAAUGGACAGCCCCUGCUGGAUAAAACUACUGACACGCUGCAGGUUGAUCGUGUAACAGCUGAACAUGGAGGAUGGUACAUGUGCUCAGUAUCUAAUGUGCUAGAAGAAAGAUGGACAGAGCCGGUGGAUGUUGAAGUUGUGGAACCCGACCAGCUUCCUGCUGCAGCACUCACAGCCACUGAUAAAGUUGCCCUUCUUAUUGGCAACUUGAAUUACUCCAACCACCCUGGCUUGAUGGCGCCUGUCAUGGACGUCCAUGAGCUGGCCAACCUGCUGCAGCAGCUUGGCUUCAGAGUUGUUUCGCUGCUGGAUUUAACAAGAGAGGAGAUGUUGGCUGCUAUCGACAAAUUCUUUCAGCUCCUUGACAGAGGAGUCUACGGCCUUUUCUACUAUGCGGGUCAUGGGUAUGAGCAUGCCGGGCGGAAUUACCUGGUAGCUGUUGAUGCUCCACAACCGUAUCGAACUGAGAACUGUGUCUGCGUGCAGCGGGUCAUGCGCAAAAUGCAGGAAAGGCAGACUGCUCUCAGCGUAAUUCUGCUGGAUACCUGUAGAAAAUGGUACAACCAGGAUUGUGUACCAUCAACCAUUAUGCCACUGGGGCCGAGUGGAAACACAGUGUACGGUUAUGGCACAUGUGAGGAUGCUGAGGCGUUUGAGGUUCAGGAUGGGGGAAAGAGCACUGGAAUCUUCACCAAGUACCUGAACAAGCAUAUCUUACACCCCGAGAAAGUCACUCAUGUAUUGGAAAAGGUGUCUGAAGAUCUUGGUAAAGACCCUCUGGUCACUGGCAAGCAGGCCGUAGAGAUCAAACACACGAUGAAGGAACCUCGAUCCCUCGCAGAUCAGGUUCGAACCACCGGUCACACAAGGGAACUCCAUCUACGAGAUGUCUGCUGGAGACAAGCAAAUGAGCUACCUCAAAAGACAAAGCUGAUGUUUCCUUGCGGAGUAGAAGUAGAAAUUAGCUUCUCAGCUUUAUUCUCCAAUGUUCUGGUGGCUUUUGCUACUGUGAAGACUACAAGUGACCAUGCUCAGGACUACACUGUCACCUUAAGUAGCACACCUCCAAUGGAAGACAUUUUUUCUCAGCCUGGCAGGUCAGAGGAGAUGGACUCACUACUAUUCAACAAACCCUACAACCCAGACUGUACCCUUAGGCUUUGUUCUCUCCAGAAGCUGAAGGAAUCAAUGGUCAUCAAGGUGGAGUUACAUUACACUUGCACGGACAGUAUGCAGCGCCACACAGAAAGUCAGAAGAUGGACAUUGGAAAGCCUCUGGUGGCAUCGUGUAAACUGUACAAGGGGACACCUGCAGCAAAAGACAAGAGAAAAGAAUGUGUUGCAGCUCAAAGCAUGGGCAACAUUCUGAACGGGAAAUCACAGCUACAUCAGCCUUUGUCAGAUCCACGCCGCCCUUAUACUAGAAAAGCGGUGUGUACUGCAAAAACUGUAACUACACGGAAUGAACCUGAGGAGAACGAUGAGAACGAAGUGUGAGAUUUUCCCUUUCCACUUUGGCAUUUGAAGCCCAGAAGUUAGAUGCACUCCUUGGAUUAUGGGAUGUUUUGCUUUUGUUGGUCAUAUUUUUCUUGGAUCUCUCAUGGAUGGAGAUUUCUUAUGGUACACAUUCCCAGUUUCAAUCAAUCUUUACAUGGGUACUGAAAAGUCAUUUAUUUCCAAUUGUAUAUACUUGUAAAUCUUUCCUUAUGUAUGUUAGUUUUUCUAUGAUUGGCAAGCUGGCUGGCCAAAUGAACAAAUAACCUUCAAUAAUUUAUCCAAUAAAUACUACUACUUUCAUCAUUAAUUUAAAUUUAAAAUCUUGAAAAAAUAUCAAUGUUUUUUUGCUUUUUUUUUUUUUAAUUCAGUGGUAUAACUAUAAUGACAAAUGUAUGAUUUACUCUAAUUCACAGUGGUGCUGAACAUGUGCUUGUUUAAAUCACAGGAUUAAGUCAAUUACUUGAUAAAAGUGGAAAACAAAAGUUUGUACAAUAAGACAUUUAAAUUCCUCUAUCAUGUAACCAUAGCUCAACAAAAUUACCAUGUACAUUUCAGCGUGGCCUUAUGGAAGUCUUUUCAUGGCACUUUGGGAAAAAAAGAAUUUGCUUUAGGGUGGUUUCAGAAUACUUUUCUGGAUUUGCUAUUCUUUGACAUAGUAGUGGCAGUAGUGACGUAAUGGUUUGUCCCAAUACAUGGAAUAAAAAAUUACUUUGUCUUGUUGAAGA